AUGAUGUGUAGGGGAUUUUCAAUCACCCUCAGUGGAUCCGCUCGGAGUUGGUACCGGCAACUCAAACCCAAUUCCGUUGGUUCUUUCGCAGAACUCAGCAGAUUAUUCCUUACCCAAUUCAUAAGUGGUAAGAAGAGUCUAAAGCUGAAUACUCAUCUGUUCACCAUCAAGCAAGGGCCUAAAGAAUCGUUGAAAGACUUCAUGGCCCGUUUCAAUGAGGAAGCAUUGCAAGUGGAGGACUAUGACAACAAAAUGGCGCUCUUUGCCGUGUUCAGCGGUUUGAAAGUGGGGAAGUUUACCUUCUCCAUUGGAAAGAAUCCGUCGAAGAUGUUAGCUGAGCUCGUCACCAGAGCUCAGAAAUACACUAACGCCGAGGAAUUCUCUAACUCUCACAAAAAUGUUCAAGUAGCAGAGCUGACUACCAAGGGGAAGAGGCUGAGGAACGAAGAACCCCAGUCAUCUAGUAAAAAAUCAGACGACCGCGCUCCUCGUGAUCAUCGCCUGAGUAGAAAACCUGAGGGCAAGUUUCGUUCUUACACUCCCUUCAACACAUCUACAAAACAAAUACUGCUGGACAUCAGAGGCUAG